UCUAUGUUUUCUAUCACUAGUGUUUGUGACGUUUUUUGAGGAAAAAGAAGCUCUUGCGAAAUUCCCGAAAAAACUCAUAAAUUGGUGCAAUUUCACCGCAAGAAGUAUUGAAAUCUUUAGAAGAGACAACAGAGUAUCUUUUAACGUAAAAGUUUUGCAAACAACUCGCGAGUGCUUGGCGUGAGAGCGAAGGAAAAGUGCCGAUUGUGAGAUUGAGGUUAAAGAGAUUGUCACCCCAAUUGCGCAAAAAGUACCCCCUUUUGCCGGCUAAACAUCCAACCAAAUGGCUAAAGUUCAUAUAACCAAUGUCGUGGUACUCGAUAAUCCCAGCAGCUUCUUCAAUCCCUUCCAAUUUGAGCUCACAUUCGAAUGCAUCGAAGAGCUAAAGGAGGAUCUCGAAUGGAAGAUGAUAUAUGUAGGUUCGGCUGAAUCAGAAGAUUUUGAUCAGAUCCUCGAUACAAUUUAUGUCGGACCAGUACCCGAGGGACGUCACAUCUUUGUCUUCCAAGCCGAUCCGCCCGAUGUCACGCGAAUUCCCGAACAAGAUGCUGUUGGUGUUACAAUUGUCCUCCUGACCUGUUCAUACCGGGGUCAGGAGUUUGUUCGCGUUGGGUAUUUCAUCAAUAAUGAAUAUGCUGAUCCGGAAUUGCGUGAAAAUCCACCACCAAAACCCCAAUUUGAGAAACUUACGAGAAAUAUUCUGGCCACAAAGCCCAGAGUGACGCGAUUCAAGAUCAACUGGGAUGAUGCUUCUCAAAAUGGAGCCACUUCGCACAGCGCCCUGACUGAUGAGAAUAUGGAGCAGGAAAAUAUGGGAUGUUCAGUGGAUGAGAACAGCUUGGCAAUGCCAACAGACACCACCCAACCCAAUGGUGUCAAUGAGAAUUCUAAUUCUCUGGCCAUGAUGGAAUGCUGAAGAUCUCUCUCUGUCGACAACGUGGUUUUUAAAUCCAGUUUAGCAAAGUUAAUUUUACUUAUCAAUCAUCCUUUCCCAAUUAAAUCUCAUUGCGUUCACUCGGAAAUUUCGUUGUAAAUAAUAAAUUUUCUACACAUUUA